AGACGACGAAGAAGAAAUACUGUCUACUGCCACCACUUAUUAGCUUUCUGAAGACUAUAUCUAAGAGUUUGGAAGCGUUCUGUACGUAUAUAGACUUGACUAGAGAUGCAGCUAUCUAAAAGCGCUUUUCUCGCCGGUUUGGUCGCGAUGCUACCGGUCCUCGCGGCCGGGCACUCGUGGAUCGCCUGCACGGACUACACGGAGAUGAACGGCCAGGACUGGGACGCCGGGAAGUGCCGGGCUUUCCCACGGUCCGGGCAGCAGUUCGUGCCGAAGAGCGCCGCGUUCGGCACCGAUACGGGGUACAAUUUCCACGGGAAGGAGGAGCAGCCGUGCCGCACGGCGAGGAACGACGGCGGGGCCUACACGGCAGACCACCCCAUGGCGGUGUACUACCCCGGGCAGAGGGUCGUCUUCACACACCCUACCAAGAACCACGUGGCCGAUCCCGGCUGCACCAACAACUUCAUCCCCGAUAACGGCAACCAGAUCCUCGUCGGGCCGAAGGACGGCGGCGCCGACCCGAAGCUGUCCGGGUUCACGCUCCUGGAGGACCUCGGGGUUUCUCCCACGGGGGACCUGCCCGCGUCCAUCAUGUCGUCGUACCCCAAGCCGGGCUACCAGAACGCGCCCAAGUUUUGCGACAACCAGGACAAAGCUUUGGCCACUGGAAACUUCACGCUACCGACUGACAUGCAACCAGGCCGCUACACGUUCCUGUGGGCCUGGAGCUUUAACAGCCCGCAGGACACCUACACCAGCUGCUGGGAGGCGGACGUGGUGGCCUCGCAGACCGAGCGGGAUAACCGCCUGCAGCAGCGCGGACAGGCCAGCGGCGACGCCUGCGACUUCAACACGAACUGCAACGGCGGGAACUCCGAAACUGGUGGUGAAUCCGGAACCGGAGGGGAAUCCGGAACUGGUGGGGAAGAGUCCGGAAAUUCCGGUUCCGAGACGGAGGGUUGUGACGACUGCCUGACGUUCGUGUACACCAGCCUGAAGACCAACGUGGCGACCGGUGAAAUGAGCAUAUCCGCCGACUUCCCGCCGCCCAGGGCCGAUCCCAACCAUCCCGGACAAGUGGACGUUCGAUUUCCGUUCCCGGUCAAGAACGCUGUGUUCGCGGUGGGCAGGAGCACGGUAAUCCCCUCCACGGAGACGGCUGACGGCGUGUUCGUGCUGAGUGAAGCGGACCUGGUGCCCCUGGCAGGCGACAAGCUGACGGUCACGGUCCGGUUCGACGACGGCGUCGGGCCGACCUGCUUCAGCCAGGCGGGGAGGGUGCGCAUCGAGCCCGUCGGGUACGUCGCCCACACCCCGCUGGACUUCUUCUUCGAGCAGCGGUGGAACGGCGGCGGCAUGGGGCGCAUCGUGCUGCCGGACAGCCGGCGGACGCUCCCCGGGGACUGGUGGGUGGAGGUCACCUUCCCCUGCCCGGACCUCACCUUCCAGGUGUGGUACGGCACCGACCAAUCAACAGACGAGCAGAAGUCACGUGGGCAGUACGUCAUCCGCCAGCCCGAGUGGGAGACGCAGAACACCAAUCACAUCGGCUUCACGGUGCAGAACAGCGCAUGCGCGUUCCUAGAGGACGACGUGGUAGCAACUUUGGUAACUGCCGGAAAAUAAUGUGUUGCUAUGGGGAUAUAUACUAGUACAUGUAAGUCAUACAUAUAAAUACACUACAUUAUUUUUUUGAUAAUCACCCUGAUUAAAUGUACAAAUGGCAUUGCCUCUCUCUAUAUAGCUAUGACCACACCUCUAGUGUACCUGUGAGAAACAGGAAAUAUUUUAAUUCUCACAAAUAAGGUUUUCUCCUUUUAAAGAUUUGUUUAAAGUGCUGAAAGAAAAUUGUUCUUGUUGAUUACAAGUAUAAUGUGAUUGAAUAGUUGAUGCAUAUGAUUGAAUAGAAAUGCAUAUAGAUAAUAGAAAUGCAUACAUGUACCCUAUGCGUGUAAACUUGUAACCUAAAAUUCGAAAAUGCUGGCCAUUGUAUACGUUUUCUUUUGUAUAAACAGUCCAGAUAGUCUUCAUGGUAUGAAAAUGUGUAUCAUCGACAUAAUGGUUCUAUAUUGUUUCCAUUAUGAUUGCCUCAGGAAGAAACUCUGAUUAGAUUGUUAAAUACACUACUCAUCAUGCAAC